AUGUCCUCUUCCAUGAACAAAUACUGGAUUCCGCAUCAAGACAUCCACAGAAAAGUCAUAACCCAAGAGCUUCAGUGCUAUCUGGGACCUCAGGCAACAGUUCGACCAUAUACGUUGGAGGGAGAGGAUGGUUUCCUCAUCAGCACUCCAGGCUCCUGCCUCACAGAUGUUGGUCACUGCGGUCUUGUAAAAGAGCUUCUCAGUUUGAUUGACACAAUUGACAGGAACAAAUCGAUGAUAUUUGCCGAAAGUCGAAAGAUCUUUGGGAUCGACAAGCCGCAGCCAAGCCUGUCAUCGUUUCGAGAGGGUCGUCCAGAGACCCUCAUCGACGUUACUAUGAUUGACCCCGGCAUGAUUAUCAUUGAGCCCCGAUAUGACUCAGCCGUCAUGAUCAUGCUACCUCGUGGUGGAUGCCAAGACUCUGGCAGGCAAUCGUAG